UCUGACGUCACAUCCUGCUACGUGCGGGGGGCGGGGGACCCCGCCGCCGCCAAAAACCACCACAGUUAAAAAAUGAUGGUGUCGGUGAAGGAGACAAAAAGUAUCCGCAGGUUUGUGUGCGGUCAACUCCGCGAUGAGCCAGACCUAAGCACACUGACCUUAGGGAUUUUAAAAAGGCGAUAUCUGGCACAUGUGCGACGUGAGUCAUUGAGUCCAGAGGCCAGAAGUUUCAUGAAACGGGUGGUUGAAGAGGAACUGAUGAAAAUGCAGGACAAUGACAAAAAUGGAAGCGAGCUGGAGACAAAGAAGCCCCAAAACAAAAGGAAGAGAGAAAAGGAAAAUGACAAGGUGAUAAGUGACAGAGAUGAUGAAGAGGAAUCCAGGGCAAAGAAAUCCCGUUGUCAGCCAAGCUCUUCAUCAGAAUCGGAGGAUAAAGAGGACUGCAAAACCGGAAGCGAGGAGAGUGACGAGGAAGAGCAAAUUAAAUCUGGAUCUGAGGAUGGAGAGCAAGAGGUGAAAAAGACAAAUGGAAACAGCAAACGGCAGAUGACCAGUGAAGACUCUACAGACGAGGAAAUUAAUACGCCAGAAAAAGAAGGGAAUGCAAAGAAAGCAAAUACUGCAAAGAAGGGAGAGGCAGGAAAUAGAAAUACAAUUCAAGGAAAGAAAACACCACAGAGUGAUGAAGAGAAUGAAAGUGACACGGAUGGCAAGUCAGAAAGGAGCGACAAAAUCAACAGCAGUGACUCCUCAGACGACAGUGAAAAAGAAGAAAAAGUCUCCCUGAAAAAGAAAGCAAAUACUAAAAAGAAGGGAGAGACGGGAAAUACAAAUAAAAGUCAAGGAAAGGAAACACAGAGUGAUGAAGAGAAUGAAAGUGACACGGAUGGCAAGUCAGAAAACAGUGACAAAGUCAACAACAGUGACUCCUCAGACAACAGUGAAAAGGAAGAAAAAGUCUCCCUGAAAAAGAAAGCAAAUACUACAAAGAAUGGAGAGACGGGAAAUACAAAUAAAAGUCAAGGGACAGAAACACCCCAGAGUAAUAAAGAGAACGAAAGUGACACGGACAGCAAGUUAGAAAGGAGCAACAAAGUCAAGGGCAGUGACUCCUCAGACGACAGUGAAAAAGAAGAAAAAGUCGCAGAGGAAAAGAAAAAUGAUGACUCGGACUCGGAUUUAUCCUCUGUGGAGGAUAAGCAGGAUAAUAAAAAGAAGAAAACGGGGAAAAAAGAGGCGAGCGCCAGAGGUCAAAAGGAUGACAACAAAGCAGUCGUGAGGCUGAAACGCUACAUCGCUCUCUGUGGUGUGAAGCAGAAUUACAAGAAGCUCCUCAAUGGAUGUGGCUCUGUUCGCUCACAGGUGGCUGUGCUGAAGAAGGUGCUUGAAGAUCUUGGUGUCAGUGGUCAGCCAUCUAUUGCAAAAUGCAAAAAAGUCAGAAUGAAGAGAGAGGAAGCUCAGGAACUAGCUGAGCUUGACGUCAACAACAUCAUCGCCACACAAGGUCGAGCUAAACGAAGAGGAUCCUCAGCACGACAGGAAAAGCACGACCCUCCGUCCUCUACAUACCUGCGCACUCUGGACUCCGGCUCUGAUAGUGAUCAGGAAAACAGUACACACAGGGGGCGCAGAAGAGCAACAGAGUGGGCCAACCUGCAGGGCAUCAUCAGUGAUGAUGCUGACAGCGACUGACCGGGACAAUUCAUCUUAAAAGUGUUCACAGGCUACUUGGAUAUGGACGUUUUUCUUUGUACAAGUUGGGUUUUGGUGUAAACAAAAGAACUUGAUACUGAUGCUAAUAAAUAUUUCUAAAACGUUUUACAGAAAUAAAUUAUAGGAGAAAAACUUCAUAUGGUGUCAAAGUAUUAGCAGAGAGGUGAUUAUUUUUUUCAUGUAUAUGUGUUCUUUCUAAUAAAAGUGUUGUACUCUUA